AUGCGUGAGCAGGUAGCAACUCAUAUCGAUUUAUCCAUUGACAGAAGCUACGCCUGGUUUGGCUCGUACUGGGGCUACAGAAUGCAAAUCACCACAGCGGACAUCUGCGAUAAUGUCCAGAAUGUGGUGGGACCUGUCAGCGCCUCAGUGUCUGCGCUAUGGCCAACUUCCCUGGGCCCCUUCACUCUGGGCCAGUAUACCGGGUGCAAGUACUCGGGACAAGCAGACAAGCCGGGCUACGUUUCAUGCGACAAUGCAGAGCUCAGCUUCACAUGUUUGGGCUAUCUGUACAAAGAGCCCACGUAUGAUGACUGUGGAACGUCUGAGUCCGAUGACGGCACAUCCACCAAUACGUAUUAUACCAAGGCCCUUGAAUGUUCGAUUUACUAG